AUGGCGAGGAUUCAGAUGAAGUUUCCGAGGAUGGUUGUUUCUAAUACUGGCAAUAAAAAUAUUCAUUUGAAACUGCGGCGUAAUGAUUGUACAACAUCUAAGACAGUAUAUAUAGCACCAGAUUUAGACGUCAAUAUUAGUACUUGUGGAAAUAUUACUCUGACGUAUUUGACCGCUGAGAAAUUUGCUUUGGUUUUCGUACCGAAGGAUAAAGUUGUUUCAACGACUGCAAGGCCAACGACAACCUCGACAACUAGAAGGCCUAGAAUAAUCUCAACCACAACAAGGAGAAUAGCAAUUAAUGAGAAAGUAACCUCGACAGCAAGACCAACAACAACUUCAACAACAACAACAACUAGAAAGCCUACAACUACUCAGAAAUUAACCACUACGUCAACUACAACAUCAACUACAACAUCAAAACCAACCACAAUUUCAACCACAACUGAAAAACGAACCACAACAUCGACCACAACAACGAAACGAACAACAAUUGCAACCACAACAACUAGAAAACCUACAACAACUCAAAAAUUAACCACUACAUCAACUACAACAUCAAAACCAACAACAAUUGCAACCACAACUAAAGUUCUCACAACUGUAGAACCUGACACACCUGUAGAACCUGACAACGAACCAAAUUAUGAUGCAAUUGUUUUUACCACUGCUCCUGACAUUGACGUUCGUCAAAGUUUUGUAAUAUAA